AUGCCUCACAGCAUCCUCGUCAUCAACCCCAACUCCUCCGAGAGUGUCACGAGUGGCCUCAGAGACACCCUGUCCCCGCCACCAGACACCACGCUCACGUUCUACACCGCACCCAGCCACGCGCCACCUUCAAUCAACGAUCUCACAACCGCGAAUCUCACCGCGACAGCCUGCUUCGAAGACAUCCUUGCCAAAGGCCUCGUCGAGCUGUACGAUGGCUUUCUCGUGUGCUGCUUCUCCGACCAUCCACUUAUCCAUAUGCUCCGCGAGACAACCCCAAAACCCACCAUCGGCAUCCUCCAAUCCGCCAUCGUCCACGCCCUUCUGAUUGGUGACAGGUUCAGUGUCGUCUCCACAGGCUCAGGAUAUCGUUACAACCGACACGCCGAGAUACGUGCAUGCCUCGGCGGUGACUCUGCGCGGUUCGCAGGGAUCGUGAUGACUGGGUUGGGAGUCGUCGAGCUGCGGGAGGGCGAGCGUGCGCACGUCGAGAGUGCGAUGAAGGACGCGAGCGCAAAGGCGGCAGCGUCAGGUGCCGAUGUUUUGUUGCUCGGGUGUGCUGGUAUGGCAGGAAUGGAGGUCUUGGUUCAGCAAGGCGUCGCCGAAGCUGGGCUCAAGUCCGUUCGUAUUGUCGAUGGCGCCAAAGCGGGAGUCCAGUUCCUUGCGUCACUCAUUCGACUGUCCGAAUAG